AUGUCCGUCGCAUCUCGUUCAGGAGACGAGGCAAAAGAGAGGAUCAAGCGGUCACUAUUCGCCGCACGAUCCGAGGAUGGCGAGGCUCUGGAGAGCUACAUCCUUCAUGUCAAAAUCACCGAGGAUGUCUACUACCCAUCAACCCCGGCACCGCCUGGCUCAGAUCCAGCGAAUCGCAAAGUCAGAUAUAUCGUCGUCGCAGUUCGACGUUCCGGCCGAGUUCUGAUGCACAAGGCCCGAGAGAACUCCAAUGGGACGUUCAGUGUCGGCAAGACAUGGAACUUGGAUGAGCUGAAGAAGAUCGAGGAUGGUCCAGGACCACAAGCCGAAAUGGGCCCAGCAUUCACAAUAACUAUGCAGAAACCAUACUACUGGGUUGCUGAUUCCAGGAGAGAAAAGAUGAACUUCGUGCAUGGGUUGGUGAAGGUGUUUAGGAAGUACACUGGAGGGAAGUCUCCGGACAUGGUGGGAUUCAAUGACGAUGUCGGAGUAUCCUCAGCAACGCGGCAACCCAAACAGCAGACCUUGCCAACUUCAGCACUUCCACCACAGAGUCAACAGGCUCCUGUACGCACACAGGCCACUGCGCCAUUACAGCCAACACAGCCAUUACAAAGUUCCCGUCCGCCACGGCCACAAGUACAGAUUCCGGUUACCUCAUCUCGCUUCUACGAGGAGCCUGCUCAGCUGUCGGCUACAUCCGCGACUUCGGUACAACCACCGCCGAUGUCAGCAAAGAGCGAGUUACGAGCUCAAUUCUCGCCUCAGCCUCAGCAGCAGGACUUUUCAAGAGCACCACAGUCUCCGUCUGCAUCGACAAUCGCAAGUGUUGCGACCAGCAUCACGAGACCGUACGAAGUGCCACCUCCCAGACAGCAGCCGCCAAGGCAAGAGUUGGGUUACGUUGAUUCGGCAUCUACGACUUCAGCUACUUCAUCGAUUCUCACACCACUCGGCUACGUGGACUCUGCUAGAACACCUUCAUCUCAAGCUGCUCCCGCGCGUACUCCGACAUCACCGAAUGCUCCAGGACCUACAACUGUUCGCGAAGUCAACACCACCCACCCAGAUUACUUUAACACUCGACCACUCCAGCCUCAUGCUGAGACGCAACCAUUGCGUCCACCUGCUCAAUCACCAGAAGGCCGAUUGCAACGCCUUGCGCAGCAGCCUAUGAUGACACCACCGGUAGAGGUUGCUACGCCUCCUGCAGAGCAGCCCGAACCGCCUGCUCGGCAACCACCAGCUACCGCAGCCCCGGGAAGGAUGUUGUCGGAAACGAUUAGAAAGAUUUCGGACCAUCAGGCUAGGCCGCCUAUUGAUACAGCGGAAUUAGCACCUGCAGCUCGACCAGAAGCUCCUUGGCAGCUUUCUGCUAGGGAGUUACGAGGUUUCGGUCCUCCGACUACUGCUCCGUUACAGGCAAUGAAACCUAUGAUCGAUGCUGCUGAGCCGGCGCGCGAGACGAUACCUGUAGUCACGCAGAAUGACCUUCCUAGGCAGCAAAGUGUUCCCAAUAUCGAAGAAGACAGGGCACGACCGCAAGUUGCUCCGCGUGCCCAGACGGUCUAUCGUGAUUAUGCAGAGGCGGAUGGUCAAUUCGGUGCAUAUCAGCUUCCUCAGUCGGCAGCUCAACCUCAACAGCAGCACCGACCUAUGACCGACGUUGUGGACCGCGACAUGGGCGAAUCACCUGGUGCGUCGAGUUCGCGUUUGGCCGGUGCUACGGGUACCCCUCAACUACCUGUCACGCCACGGAAGCUUGAUGACGUUCGUGAGGAGGAGCCGGAGCCGGAGAAGCUUGCAAGUCCCAUCGUGAUGCCAAGCCCAGUGAAGCCGCUGCAGUCAGACAAUACAUUCAUGCCUCCUGUGCUCGUUGCGGAGCAGCCUCCCCAGGAAGAACGACCGUUCACGCCUCCUCCGCGGAAAUCAUCGCCCAUGCGGUCAAGAUCGCCAAACAAGCGACGGAACCGCAGCUCGGUCACGUCGCUUGCGUCUUUUCAGUCUAGGCGACGGUCUUACAUCCAGGUGUCUGAGAACAACGCUACGGAUGGCUUGAAUGAAGUAGAGAAGGUAUUGGAGGACUUUGAUUGGACUGCACUUGGUAAUGCGGACCGGUUGGAGGAAACGUUGCGCGAUGAAUUGGCGGCUAUCGAAGCUGCGAACAACCAUGCUAUUGUAGAAGGAGAUGAGCGGAUGUCUGACUUGCUUGCCAAGAUUGACAAAUCGGUCCUCGAGUGUGAGAAUAUGGAUGCCAUGCUUACGCUGUAUGCCUUUGAGCUGAAUACCCUCGCUGAUGACAUCGCGUACAUCGAAAGUCAGAGCCGUGGUUUGCAGGUCUUCACAGCCAACCAGCGUGCUUUACAGUCAGAACUUCACAAUCUUCUUGAGACAAUUGUGAUAAGACCCGAGCAGCUCGAAUCACUGCAAAGUGCUUCUCUAGAGUCACCUCAAGGCCUCGCCACCGUCGAGAAGAACCUCGUGCCGCUGUACCAGGCGCUAAGGACUAUGUCUACUCAAGCAGAUGCUGUGAAGGCUGGUAUGGGCGGGAUGGGUGCAGUACAAGAGCGCCGUCAAGACUACGUUGCUGCAAGUGAGGAGUUCUUGCGACGUCUCACUCAGUUCAUGAUCAUGAAAUUCCAAGCUGGUGUCAUCACCUACGUUCGUCCCAAGGACAAGUCUUCAAGGCAAAGGAAACCACAACUGUUGAGUCAUGACGAAGCCUACACCCAUCUUUAUCGUUAUGCUCCUCUGAUGCUCUACGCGAAGGAGAUUAAUGCGCAGAGGUUCGCCGACUUGCAACAGCACUAUGUCAAGCCCGUCAAGGCGGCAUACUCCACUGACUGUGCCGAGUUCAUUGACGCAUACCGGACUAUGACUCGCAAGGCUACGCAAGAUGAGAAUGAGAUGACAUUCACUGGUGCGAGAGAAGCUGCCAUGCAGAGUACGGUUGCCACUAUGCGUUCUGCUACCCUCAAGCGAUCAGGUACUGUGGCUCGUAACCUCCGUGCACCCAUUGAGGAAGCGUUGGGUCGUGAAAAGGAUCGCGACCAAGAAGGGAAGGUCUAUGCCCACGAGGUUAUUGCCUCGAUGUUUGACGAGAUUAUGCCAAUCCUCAUUCAGGAGCAAAACUUCUUGGUGAAGCUCUUCCAUCUUUCUUCUGUAUCAUCAGACAGUUACGCCGAUUAUGUCGAGCAUCAGGCUGGCCGUGAGUUGAACCUGAAGGAUCUGAAUCAGUUGAAGUCGAAAGACACAGACAGGACCAUUGCAAGGGUAUUGUCGGACGUUAUGGAUCAAGCGUUCGGUUUCUUGCGCGACGACAUGCGAACAUUUGCCGAGUGGUGUACGAACCUGGACAAAAUUCAGUGUGUCGGUAUCCUCAAAGUGCUUCAGCUACACCUGUCACGCGUGAUGGACACCGAUCACGAAUUCGCGAUUGUGUUCCUUAUGAAGCUGUGCGAGCGCAUUGAGGGUAUCCUUGCUAGAUUCAUCCAAGAGCAGAUCAGGGCCAUUGAAGAAACCAAGGUGAAGGGCACGAAGCGAAAAGGAGUUGUCCUGUUCUUCAAGGUCUUUCCGGACUUCGCCAAUCGUAUCGAGACGCAACUUCAAGGCGAGGGCGUACACAACCUGGACAUCCGCCUAACCGUUAACGAUAACUACGAGAAGAUCAACAAGGCAAUGUUCGAGUCCCUCAAGCGUAUCGCUCGGGAACUUCCUACUGCGACCGGAGGACCCGUUGACCCUGAAGACAAGGAGCAGCUGAACUACGCUGUCACGAUGGUCGAGAAUAUGCAUCAUUACGUGCAGGCCGUGGAUACGCGUGGGAUAGAUAUCCUGGAGGAUUACAAGUUUAACGCUCAGUCUUCUUACAAGGAGAACUUGUCGCUGUACAUCAGGAGUGUCACCCGACGUCCUCUUGGAAUCCUUCUCAACUUUGUCGAAGGCGCAGAGUCUCUGAUCCAGGCAAACCCUGCUGAGGACAUCUCCGCUCGGGUCGCCUAUUCGAAGUCCGCGAUCAGAAAGCUUCUCGCUACUUAUGAUGCGAAGGAAAUCCGGAAGGGUGUCGAUGCUCUCUACAAGAGAGUUGACAAACACUUUGGAGAAGAUGAGGAGGGCUCUACGCAAUUGUUCACACUUGUCUGGAAGGCGAUCCAGGAUGAGUACUUCCGGAUCACUGACAGAACGACCACUUUGGUUGCGAGAUAUCGGGAUCCAGCGUUGCAGAUGGGAUGGGGCAAAGGUGACAUUUCUUCGGCGUUUUCAAGGAAACUCUAA